CGAAUGAAGAUGAAACCACGCUCAUAAUGGAAGUGGAAAAUAAUCAAAAUCUGCUAAAUGGCUUUGCCAAUGAAACAAUUUUCACGACUGAGAUGACUCGCUUAAAAGAAGCUGAGGUGCUGAUGGCUUCGUUGGAGGAAUAUGUGCUGCGGAGGUAUAGCCCGCGACCUUCGGCUUACAUAGGCAAGGGUGCAUUUCAGAUGAAGCUCGAUGAAGUACGAUCUAAAGUGUACUCGCUCGAGACCCAACGAAGUGACGAAGAGCUCCUUUGGAUUUGUGAAAAAAUAACUCUGCUGGUUAACUUGUGCCACAAUCUCGAAGCUGCAAUCCGUUGCGCGGCAGUUGGGGGUAGCUCAUCGGCAGCUGAAGGAAUCGCACUCUGCAAUGACACUGAUCAGGUGAUGGAUUGUCUACAGCUGGAGCUGCGGCAAAGAGAAUCCCAACUUUCUGUUCUUGGACCGAUUUCGAACAGGCUGGCCAAAGUUAAGGCUCAUUACCUGGCCCAGUUCAUGGAUGAUUGGCGCCAACAGGUGCGCUGGCAAACUUCGGAGUUUCCUCGUAGUCAGCAGUUAAUAAUUUCAUCGGAGGGAGCAAACACAUUUCAACUUUUACGUGUAUUACGCAACUCUGCACAGCUGUCGGCUGAUCUAGUGACAGGUUUUUUGGAGAAUUUUAUCAAACCCUUAACAAACGACCGCUGCACCCUGAACAUCACUGAACGUAGUUCGUCAACUUCGAUUGAUUCGCUUAUCGUCGACGGCCGCUCGAAUAAUAGUAUUAAAGUCGAUCCCAGUCACAAUCUACAGACUGCAUAUUCGUUCCUCAGCGGUACAUUGCUACCAUUGCUGGACCUGCAGGAGGACAGUCGCGAAGUCAGUGUAGUUUUUCAUCUAUUGGCUCAGCGCGCAAGACGUGAAUCUCCAUCUAUCCUAGAUGAACUAGCAACCUCUCUCCACGUGGAUCUUCCUCAAGUAGCGGCCCUAUUAAAUAGCUAUGCCGUUGAAGCAGACGCUUCUAAAGAAGCUCUUCAGAUCAUAUCCGAAAUGGAGGAGAUGAUGAUAACCGCCUUGGAGCCUACGGAAGUAGCUGAAAUUUCCAACUUACCGAAAAAUCUUUCGCGUCCAUACCUAGUCUCCUCAUGGAUUCCAUCAUUGACUGAGAGUAUUUUGCGCCUUUCGCAAGCGUCUAUUUUGUUGCCGGUUUUUUCUCGGCUAACUCGUCACUUCCUCGCUUUGGAAAGCGAAGCUUUAUCAGACCCUCUUAAAAUUGCCGUUUUUCUAAAUAACUGUAUUUAUAUGGCUGAUCGAUGCUGUCUCCACUCGGCGAUAUCUUCCAGUCAUAUCAUCAUGCUUAAGCAAAAAGGCACAUCACUAUUUCUUCGCUACGUCAAUGAGCACAAAGCUCCCGAAGUUCCUGUAUCUUUGCCGGUGCCUUCAGCUCUAAAGACGUUUAUUUCCUAUAUUGACUUCCUAGGAGAGAUGGAGUCUGCGUGGAAGCCGAGUUUACCGUUCGACAACUACUCUCGAGCAACUGCGCUUCUUUUCAACACGCUUUCUCUAGGACUAGAAGGUUAUGUAUUUCAGCAGAAAUUUUUGACCGAGUUUGAGGUAGGCCUAUUAAAAUCGCUUGUGAUGCGAGCAAUCUCCAUGGCAGAGGGAUGGUGUCGAACAUCAGAAAAGCCUCUCCAGGUGAGUCCGUUCCGACUAACAUAUUUGUUCCGCCUGCUGCAGAUGGGUGCUGAAGAUAUUGCCCUGGCAUGGCGGUCACAGAUGAAGCCUAUCAAGGCUGUUUUUACUGCACAACAAGUAGCAUCUUUAGCGAAGGCACGAUUUGCCUUCGAAGAAUUUGACAAGUUGCAGGCCGCACUCGUAUAAAUGUUACGCUUGGCAUCAAUAAAUGUGUUGUAAUUGUGUACUCAAGUUUUAGAUUAUUGCGAUAGAAUGUAAAAGCAAUGAUAGGUAUUGUUUUUAGAUGGUAUCAUUCAUGUCAGUAUAUAUAAACUUAACUGAGUGCUAUAUAUUUGCUGCUGCGUCAUUAGGUUUCAGAGGUCAAUAUUUUUCUAGAUACGAUUGAAUUAAGCCGCGACGAGCGUGGUCGCGAAAAUGGCGAAAUUAUGAAUAUAUACCUCGGUAGCAGUUCGAUUAGUAUGUACUCAUUGUCGGGUAUCAACUGUGAAAAUAACAACAAUUCUAGGGAGACGAUUCUUAUGAUUAAUCCCCUUUAUUAUGUUAAAACUAACUGGAAUUGUGUAUAUAUAUAUAAGCUAUGUUACAGGUCGCUGCGAACUCCGGACAUCCCCAUUCGUACACUCAUUCGUAUUCUGGGCACCAACUGGCCACUUUUGUUUCAAGCUAUUCUAGGCUUAGGUCAUGACCAUAAACAGUUUUAUUACUAUAAAUUGAAUAUUACUACCGAUGCCCAAAAAGAUGAACAACCCCACAUACUUGAAUUAUUAAAACAAGUUGAAUAUUGUCAUACAUUAACUGCACCAAGCCCUACACGCCUGAUAAACUGGCAUGAGUUAACACGACCUACACGAUUUUAAAUUGACAAUAGAUUAUGGUCGUCUAUGCAGCGUGUAUGACAACGACGAUACUUAUUUAAUUUAUAGAAAUUUGACAGUUUCAAGAAAAAGCAAUUAAACAUUAUACAAGAUUGUACUAAUGCAUAAAAUAAAUGAGCAUUUCUAGGAAUAAACACUUUUACAGCAAGACUUUUUCUGCAUAAAAGAAACACACUUAAGAUAGACAUUAUAUCCUUUGCCGUUGGCGGAAUGACAGCAUUUGUCGGACAGGUUACCGCUAACUACAACGUCUGAUGCUUGAGAAUGUCUGGAUUGUGGUUUUUCUUGUGAAAUGUUAUUACUAUUAUGAAACGUUUCACCAAAAGACUAACGAGCAGACUAAAUACGCAGUGUAUGCUUAAGUUAAAUUUGUCGGCGGUGGUUUAUUGUCGAAUUCAGCAGAUAAACGACGUAACAUUGUCCAAUCUUUUUACUACGAUGCCGUGAACGGCCGACGACAGCCAUCUGACAAAAACGAAACACCAGAUCGAUGAGGUGAGCUCUGUGAGUAGUCUUGCCAUUAUUAGAAAUAACGUUUUUGAAGUUGGCAGACCUGACUGGAACUCGCAUGAAGCGACUCUCACAACGAUACUAUGUGAGUUGAGCUACAGCUUCUAGCUCACUAUUACAGACUAGCAUUUUAACACGUUAAACAAACGAAAGACGAAGUUUAUUAAUGGCCAGAUUGACAUGCUGCUUGUGUACCAAACUCAGUAUUCUUGACUGCUUAUCGGAAAUGUAUGGACGCCAUUUUGACAAACGAGCUGACAUUGCUAGCAUACAUUUCCCCUACAGGACUCCUGAUCAAAGAUUCAACUUAUUCUGAAACGAUUAAAAUCUUCCCAGGAUUAAAUCAGGCCAGAUGAUUCGUAGAGUACGCAUUUUUCGACUUUAUAGGCCCCUUCGUAAAGCAGUAAUUACAUGCGCUACCAUUCUUUCUACCAUGGGCAAGAUAUUGCUUACGAGUUUGAACAUUUAAUCAGCAGUCUAAGUCGAGCUACUGUUAAGGUUACCGUAUGGUAAGGCGAAGCACAUCUGAUCUCUAGUGUCGUCGGCGUCCUCUCAGAAGCGUUAUAAUUGCUAUUGGUUGUUGUUUAAUGCUAGAUACGCUACAUAAAUUUGUCAUAUAAUUGAUCUCGUUGUCUCCAACCGAUGAGUUUGUAUACCUACACAUACAGUAUGGAUCUUAAAUCCGUAGCAACUAGGUAGAUAGUCAGUAGUUCGAUUGUUGCCUGAAAUGAUUAGUGCCUGAUAGCUUGUAAGUUACGCUACUCAUCUGAAUAAUCAUAACUUAGACAGGUUGCAGACGGCGAUCGAUGGGCUGACCGUAUUCAGGUAAUAUGGCAAUAACGGUAUGUAGCUGGUAUUUGCGAUGUGCCGGAUGUGCGAGUAUGGUUAAUGGAAACAAUGGCCUUCACAAGCCAAACAAAGGGAAUUAUAAUAGUCUUUAUGGACCCGUUAUCAAAGCGCAUGCUCUCCCUUUUCAACGAAAUGAAAUAGGUUACAUCAAGAUAGCAUUUAGUUAACAUGGCAGCAGUCGCUGUACUGCACUUAUUUCGAGGCAUUUGGCAAAUCCCAUGCCUGUGAAAUGUACAGCAUAGAUCGAAGUUAUAUUCUACCUUAAUAUUUCUUCUAAGCACGCGAUACGCGGACAUUUUUGAUGUGCUUACCUUUUUUAUAAUAUCCAAAACUGCACAAAAAUUAAAGCCAACAUAAAGCCGUUAGCGAAAUCCAAGCUAGUUCCUGGUGGUCUUCAAGCGCAGGAGCUUGGCGUACAGCCAUAGUUGCACAAAAAGCACUGAAACUAUCCAUUGCGGAUAGUAAAUAAAUACGGAUAAACAAUGCACUAUAUAGAAACCAUGUUAAAUUCGCAUGAGGAUCAUCGAGACGGACGGACGGGCGGACGGAGAACGAAAACCAGCAAAAAUAUAUUGUUCGUUAUGGAGCACACUAGGCUUGGCCAGAGAAGAUGUAUAUUGAAAUCCUUCAGCACUGGCGGAGAAUGAGGUACACGAUUCCAUCCAUAUAAGGAAGCUUUCGAUGCUUCGAGUACAGCGACAAACAGCAUUUGAUCCGUCGGAAACUGGCCGUGAUUUUCGUAGCGAAUGGCGUACGUAAGUUCGCAGACGACAAUGACGAGCACAAAUGAUUGGUUUAAGACUGACUGUUAUAUCAUAGAUAAAGAUCAUAGAUAAAGCGAUCUUCGUAGACUAUCCGGAUCGACAAAGGCUGCUGCUUUGUAAGUCCGAGAAGAUGGGGAACCCACAUGUAAAAGUAGUACGAUUUUUUUGGCCAUUACGUUUUUCGCCGCCCCUAACACAGCGAUCAUGAUGAGCUAUUUAUGCGCAACAUCUUUGGGGCUGGGGUCUACACGACACGAUGUUCUGGGCGAUAAUACCAUUGAGCUAUUUCUGUGGGGGGCGAGUUCUGUCUUGAUGUGGUGCUAUCUGUCCAGUGUCCUUCAUAUAAAACGAAGUACUCAACUCUUGCCAAAGCAGGAGAAGAAAGGAAGUCGGUAGAUUUUCUUUGUUGCCCGUAGCCACCAUCAGUGCACGCUUUGCAUUAUCGACCUGGGUUGCUACCACAAUGUUUUUGCAGGAACGUUGAGACAAACAAAACCCACCAAGCACACAGACAAAAAAAAUAUCUAUAUAUAUAUUAAGCUUAAUUUGUCAUGUCCACUUGUUGUCUUUCCAUAUGACUUUCAGAUUAAAAAAAAAUAUUGUCAUAGUAAUUAUAGUAUUGUCCUGAAUUAGCGAGGAUAUUCAAUAAUUGUUAGCUGUUCAUAUCCGUGCACUGCCAGCUCACACAACUGAUCUAUCUAUGUUAUUAUGGUUAGUGUGUAUGCCCAGUCAGCAAAAGACAGCGGACCGUGCGAA